CGUCUGGCCUUCGCCCCCAAUGGACGGAGCCUGAGACGCAGGGAUCAACACCCUUAUCUUCUGUUGCAAUAGUCGUUGUUGUUGAGAUUCAUCGUAAUUCCUGGAAAUCAUGGUUGCCAUUCCGGACUCUCUCACUUGGGAAUUGACCCGCCGAAACACUGCCUUCUUGAAGAAGAAGAAUGGCCACUCCAAGCGCUCCGGCGCCAUUCAAUUCAGUGUCGAAAAGGGAAACAUCAAGUCUCUGAACCAAUUCAAGUUCAGCGGUUUGGCCAACAGCAAGGUCUGUGAUGUCGCCUUUGGAGAUGACAACAAGGCCGUCUUGGUCACCAGAACUGCUUCCAAGUGCCACUCCAAACCCUCCAAGUCGUUCGCCACUACUCCCCUGAACAAGGAUUUCCGUCGUGUCGAAAACACCAUCACCACACAAACCGCCAACAACUAUUACCGUCGGGACCUCAAGCAGGCUGCACUUGGAAAAUGGACCUGUGUCUACAAGGCAAACCGAAGGGCAAAGGGUAUCAAGCCUGUUGUCGCCGUCAAGAAGGGACGUGGAAAACUUAGUUCGUAAACACAAAACUAGUAUAUAACACAACUGGAAUGACAC